UUUUAUUUAGUUAUCUUUUUAAUAUCUUCGUAAAAACAAAUUGUUCAUAUAUAAGUACAUUUAAGAAUUAUUUCUCAUUUUUUAAGAACUAUUUGAUUGAAUGAUAAAAUAAUAAUUAUCAUUAUUUAUUACGAUAUUACAAAACAAAAAUUAAGUUUCGUCCCCUCUGCAAUUGACGAAGUGAAGCUAGCUGAAGAUGAAGUAAAAAUGUCACCACAGAUGCCAUAUGCCUUAUUUACUUAUUAUAAAUAGAAAACCACGCGCGAAUGUUAGCAGUUUGAAAUUUUUGACGGCUUUGUUUAAAAAUGAGUGAUUCUGAAAAUUCUGAAUUGGCUGUGUGCGAAGCAAUGGAAGUAGAAAGGCCAAUUCCUCGUGCAAGAGGAAGUCUAAAGCGCCGAUCGUCUAUUUUCCAAAGACGAUCUGUAUUGUUGACAGCUCCGGACAACGAAACGGCCGAAACUGACGAAACGACAACUACAAAUGUCAUAUAUCCAGCCCCAACGAUUGAGGAAUGUCAAAAUAUGGAUGAAGAACGGGAAGAAUCCUUUGAUUUACGAGCUUAUAUUGAUAGUUUGAAACGAGAGAAGCAAGACUGGCAUGAAGUGUUGCAAGAACGAAGAACUCGAUAUCGUAACCUCCUCAAGAAAAAAGCUAUGAUAGAAAAGAAUGGCCAAGAAGUUGAUUUGAGUCUAUUCACCGAAUCGGAAAGAAAUUUUAUCGAGGCACGUCCCAAUUAUGAAGAUAUCGUUAAAAGCAGCAAAUCUUUGGUUGACAUGGCAGUGAGGGUCACAAUUCUUAAUCAACACUGUACUCGACUGCACGCGACAUUUUACGAAAAAAUGGAUAAAAAAAUCAAAGAAGCUAAAGCGAAAAUCAUUUCUAUGGUAGACUAAAAACUGUUGGUGGUAAUAAUUUUAUUAGCGUUUUUUUAAACACUUUUUUUAUGUAGGAAAUAAGAAAUAGUUUUGUUAAUCACGAGUGUAUUUUUGAUAAAAUAUUUUAAAGUUCAAACAUUGAAAAUCGGUUGAAUGGAAGCAAGAACACAAAUUGUUAAUGUUUAAAAUAUAUUUAAUGAUUCAUGAACAGA